AUUAAUAAAAAAUAAAAAUAAAAAAUUAAACAAAUGCACGUCUGAAUAAAUGAGAAAAAACAACAAAAAUCCAAAACCUACUAGACGUUUCUAUUUCUGGCGAAAGACGCUAUCUUUAUCUGAUCUUAAUGUCCCUCGUAAAUCAAAAAUUGCUAUUGAUGCACUUCGAACGUUAAGCCUCAUUCCAUCCUUUUUGGGUUUUGUUUAUAACAGUAAGCAAGCAUUGCAUGUACCUCUACGUGAUGCAGGUGGUGCUAUUAUCAUACAAAGCUCCCAAAUUGAUUAUGUUGUAGCUAGUUUUUGGUGUGCUUUAGCAGGCUAUUGGAAUUGGAUCUUGACAACAAGCAUGAUGAGACGAUGGAUUUUCCACUACGAAAUGAGUAGCGCUAUUGUGCGAUUAAUUACAUUUAUUGUCAUUACUUGGUGUAUUUCUGCUUGGGUCAAUUCCAAGAACGGGCCUGAUCAACCUAUUCGUACUUGGAUGAUGAACUGUUUUAUCUUGUUGAUUACCGAUAUUAUCCGUCUCUCGAUCGUAUCUGAUCCUAAAUAUCAUGGCAAAGCUUCCAAUAUCAAGGACUCUAACCUGUUUCUUCAGUUAACUAUUAUGAAAGUAUUAAUUUUGCCAAUGUCAGUUGCUACCUGUUUAUCUGUAGUUGCCGUUUUAUACCAAAUGGAUCAACUUCAAUAUACAACAAGUCAGUUGAUGAUUGGACCUGCUUUGUUAAAUAAUCAAUCAAGCUAUUCAGAAAUAGGUCACACUACAUCUAUAUUGAUCCUAAUCAUCUCAUCUUGGUCAACAGCUUCAUUUGACAGACGACAUACUUUGCGAAAGACGUCUUUACGAUUAUUGUCUCAUAGUCCACUUUCCGUCCAAUAUCGAUUUGUGAUUGGACAACCACCUUCAGCCAAGGAUAAACUAUUAAAGUCAGAGAGGCUUUUAAAAGAAUCUGAAAUAUAUCAAGAUCUACUGAUGGUCCAGUCCUCCGAUGUUGAAUCUGAUAAGAGUAGAAAGGUCUUUGAAGCUAUGCGAUGGGCCAACACUAUAAAUCAUGAAUACAUUCUUAAAGCAAAUGAUGAUGUAUUUGUACGAUGGGAUAUUGUUCUAAACGAAAUGAGUCAAUUACAACAGCCAUCUUAUUAUUGGAGAGGGCUUGUUUAUAGAGAUAUACCAGUUCAAAUCAUGAAUUCUAAAAGUUUAUUUAUUGAUUAUUCACUCCCUACUUUGCCUCAUUAUACCCACAGUCUCUUUUACAUCCUCUCAAGGGAUGUGCUCAACUUAAUCGUCACACCCAGCUCUCCGCGUCGUUUUAUUCAAGAAGAUGGACAAAAUAUUGCAGUUUGGUUAUUUGGAUUUCACAUAAAGCCUAUUCAUGAUAGACGCAUUCAAGAUACGGAUACCUGUGAAAAUGACCUAAUUGCUAAACGAAUGGAUAAAGCUUCUGAUAUGUUAAAAAUGUAUUAUAAUAUUAUCCAUGAUAGACUUCCAUGUACAGGGUUUGUCUCAAGUCUAUGUGCCAUAUGCUAUAGUUGUAAAGAUAAGAAGAUGAACUGGCAAAGCAUCAAUCUUGCUUGUGAUUCUAAAAAGGGAAUCAUGUUAAAAGAAAUGUCUGGCUUUGCUCAAGUAGUAGGCAAGACGCCCUAUUAAUUUAUUUAGCUUUUUUUUUUUUUUAGCCACCACUAACAGGAGGAAUGAUAGCAAUUUCUGAAUUUUGAUGUAUAUGUGUAGUGACUUCCUUAUCCUUUUCAAUAUAUUCCAUAUUCACUGCAUACAUAGAAAUCGAUAAAAGUUCUUCAAAUUUCGUUCCAUACUUGCUUAUUAAUAUAUCAGAUAAUUCCUUUAAACUUAUAGUCUUCAAAACUUCAAUUUCUUCCGUUUCUUUACCAGUAAUAUCUUUUAAAGCAGCAAAAUAUAACACGGUUACCU